UUGUGUUCUCUGUCUUGUCCCAGAAUCCUUUACCAACGUUGCGUCUUGGCAAGUCAUCUGAUGUGCGUCAAGGUGAAUUUGUGGUUGCCAUGGGGAGCCCCUUUUCUCUUAAAAACACCAUCACAUCUGGCAUCGUCAGCUCUGCUCAGAGAGGCAGUAAAGAACUGGGUCUCUCCAACUCCAACAUGGACUACAUCCAGACGGACGCUACCAUAGAUUUUGGAAAUUCAGGAGGGCCUCUCAUAAACCUGGAUGGUGAGGUCAUCGGCAUUAAUACCAUGAAAGUGACAGCAGGGAUUUCCUUCGCUAUUCCCUCAGACAGAGUCCGUCUCUUCCUAGACCGAUCUGUAGAUAGAGUAAGAAUGACCUCACAGCUGCUUGCUUUUGUCUGUGACAUCAUUUUUUUCACUGACAGAUGGUUAUUGGGUCUUUUUUUCAGAGUCUUGGUUUGGAGAAUCGGGAUCGAAAAGGCGUUACAUUGGAGUGAUGAUGUUGACUUUGACCCCCAGUAUAAUCGAAGAGCUAAGGAUGCGAGACCCGUCCUUCCCUGAUGUUUCUCAUGGAGUUCUCAUCCACCGUGUGAUU